CAGCGAGGGGUCGGAUACGCUCCGGAUCACAGAUAACGGGAAAUAGCUGCGGGAUGGCAUCCCUAGUCAUUUCAGGCAACAGGCACUACAACCUCUUCAGGCCACAGACUCUACCAUCUCCGUGGCGUAGUGGACCCGAGGCAGAGUCGUCCCCCCAAGCACCGACCCCACCAGACAAGGCCGGCGCAGUCGUAGAAGCUGGACAGGAGGAGGCCCACUGGUCAGACCCAGAGGCUUUGGCCGGGGGAGUAGACUCGAAUGCCUCUGUCGCCACACCGAAAGGGGCAUUCCCCGAGGCUACCCAAGUCUCAAGACCAACUAACCCUUGCCCCGACUCUGAAACUCUCAGACGGUUCGGGGCUGGAAGCAGGGGAGGGGGACCAGAACGAACAACAGGAGAGGGAAGGACGAGGUGUGGACUGAACCAGGGUCGAGGCGACCCCCACCCCCAAGUCCGGGUCCCUAUAAGUAAAACGGGACAGCUGCAGGGCAUCCGGGUGAGCAACCAACUGAGCGCAUUGCAACAAACGAAACCUAGAAUGAAACGCGUGUGCAGCCUGUACCCGAAGAUCAUCCGCAGAUUGUGUAAAUUGAGUCACCAGCGACAAAACUUGCAGGACUCGGAGUCGAAAGUGUCACCGACCCAACAGGCAGCGUGACGGAGGCAAAAACCGUAAGGGUCGCCCUGAGACAAGGGAACUGAACAACCUUCAAACUCGCAUGAAGCGAGGGGAGACUCCAGGGCCGCAUCCAUCGAACCCACGCAUUCUCUAGGGGAUUCCCAGGGUCCUGAGUGUUUACUAUAAGAGGACUCGCACUCGGGUAAACCCAGGCUGGGAACUGCUAACCGGGGCCUAGAACUACCGAACAAACUGUCUACAGCUGAACCCCAGCAACGUGUACGCUCACGGGGAUCUAGCAGGGGCCACCACCAAGUAUCAGGAUGAAACCAAACACCAGUGGCAAGUAAGGGGCAGAACCCCCCACCAAGGCAAAAAGAAAAAGAAAAACAAAACCCUGUAAGAGGACAACAUACCCCAAGGAACAGAGCCGGCUGCUGUGAUUGGUGACGACAAGCUGCACAGCACCAUGCACCCCUUACCAGUGCAAAACUGCCUUCUACCCUAAGGUAAAUUAGGGAGACAAAACACCCAAGUACUCAAAGGGGGGGCUGAAAACCGAGCAGUUAAACGGACCUACAGAGGCAGAUCCCAAGGAACAUGUGGAAGGUAACCCCAAGCUCCAAGGGCAGUACUUACAGGGCACCUAGGGAAGGGAACCCUAGGCACAUGCAGCCUGAGUACUGAAGAGUAACUCCUGGCUCUUGCACCCCUGGAGAACAGCCGCCAAACACAAGGUACAGCGCUGUAAAAGUCUGGAGCCAGAGCACACAACUGCUGCCUAUAGCAUCAGCCUCAAGAACUGGGGUGUGGAUCGCCGGCAUGGUAGGUCUGGGGCUCCGCCUUCUCCCUCCCAGGGAGGGGGGAGCUGCGCAGACGGCGCCGUGGCAACGGGUGACGUCACACUAGCUUGCUCGUUUUUGUUUAGGGAGUUCUAUCCACUUGUUCAGCUUUUGGUAACAAUAUUUUCACCAGAAUAGGGGUUUGUUUUGGGAUGCUUACCUUUCUGGAUGCCUGACCCGGU